AUGAUCCAAAGCCAUUGUUAUUGCUUUUCUGGUAUUAUCAUUACUAUCUAUUGCAGCCUCCUAAUCCACGCUCUUGCUUCUCCUACUCUCCACUUUUGCCGCCACGACCAGAGGAAGGCUCUUUUGGAAUUCAGAGACGAGUUUCCGACAAAUGAUCAGUUUGAUUCAUUUCCGUGGAAUAAGAGCAGUGAUUGCUGUCAUUGGAAGGGUGUCACAUGCGAUGAUAGAUAUGGUCAGGUGAUAUCACUCGACCUUUCUCAUACGCCUCUCAACAGUGCUUUGAAAACUGAUAGUAGCCUUUUUAGACUCCAUUUUCUUCGUCACCUAAACCUUAGAACGAGCUUUCUCCAAGGAAACAUUCCUUCUUCACUAGGAAACCUUUCUCAUCUCACAAUUCUUGACCUUUCUAGUAAUAAUUUGAUAGGUGAGAUUCCAACUUCAAUAAGCUACCUCAACAAUCUGAGAGAGCUUAAACUUUUAGACAAUCAUUUGGUAGGUGAAGUUCCGGUCUCCAUGGGAAACCUAAAUGGUCUAAGAGUCAUGAAUCUAGGAGUAAAUAACUUAAAUGGCAAUUUUCCUAUUUCAUUUGCCAACUUAACUAAGCUUAAAUAUUUUGACAUCGAGUUUAAUAAAUUCACAUCCAGGCUUCCAUCAAACAUGAGUAGAUUUCACAACUUGGAAUUCUUCGCUGUUUCUGAAAACUCAUUUAGAGGUCCUUUCCCUAAAUCGUUGUUCUCAAUUCCUUCAUUACAAUUUUUAGAUUUGGGGAAAAAUCAAUUCACUGGACCUAUAGAGCUUAGGAAUACAUCUUUGUCAUCCAUUGGGCUUAUUUAUCUAGACCUUUCUUAUAACAGCUUUGAUGGCCCAAUCCCCGAAUCCAUAUCUGAAUUUAUCAACCUCACCUACCUAUACCUUGACCACAAUGAUUUCACUGGGCCAAUCCCUAGAUCUUUAUCAAAAAUAGUCUAUCUCGAGAACUUGUAUUUGUCCAACAAUAAGUUGACAGGUCCAGUGCCCGGAGGCACACAGUUUCAAAGUCAGAAUUGUUCUUCCUUCAUGAACAACCCUGGACUCUUCAACCUUCAAAAAGUCUGUGGAGACAAACAUAUCCCGGAGCCUCCUACGUCACCACAACACGAGGAAGAGGAGAAAUGGUUUAACUGGGUUGCAGCUGCGAUAGCCUAUGUACCUGGUGUAUUCUGCGGAUUUGUAAUUGGAUAUAUUUUCACUUCAGACAAGCGAGGAUGGUUUGGUCGAAGAAAACUCAGAGUGACAAGAACUGCCCGCUAGUCCCGUCUCUUGCAGUCUUUCAAAUAAGCAUUUCUAAAGCUAUCUUAUCUACGUUCUGUUCGUAUUUGUGUGUUUUCCAAAAGAUUCGGUUGUGUGUUGUUUGUAAUUUCUAGUUAAUGUUUUGUAAUAAAUUGUAUUCCGUGGCAUUCAGUAUAAUAUGUAUCUUGG